GGACUCUCCCGCCACCCCUCCGGCUCCCCUUCAGCACGCCUUGAGGCGGCGGCGGCCACCGAGACCGCACCUCACCUUCUCCAACCCUACUCCCCCUCACUCUCCCCGCCCGGCAGGGCCCGGUCUGCGCCCCACCCCCGCCCGUCUUCCCGCUAUACCGCCGCCAUGUCGGCGCAGGCCCAGAUGCGCGCUAUGCUGGACCAGUUGAUGGGCACCUCCCGGGACGGAGAUACUACUCGUCAACGAAUAAAAUUCAGUGAUGACAGAGUCUGCAAGAGUCACCGUCUCAACUGUUGCCCCCAUGAUGUCCUUUCUGGAACUAGAAUGGAUCUUGGAGAAUGUCUGAAAGUCCAUGACCUGGCUUUAAGAGCAGAUUAUGAAAUCGCAUCCAAAGAACAGGAUUUUUUCUUUGAACUUGAUGCCAUGGAUCAUCUGCAGUCAUUCAUUUCAGAUUGUGAUCGAAGAACAGAAGUGGCUAAGAAGAGAUUAGCAUAAACACAAGAAGAAAUUAGUGCUGAAGUGGCAGCGAAAGCAGAACGUGUUCAUGAGUUAAAUGAAGAAAUUGGUAAAUUGUUAGCCAAGGUAGAACAACUAGGAGCUGAAGGGAAUGUGGAAGAAUCUCAGAAAGUAAUGGAUGAGGUAGAGAAAUCACGGGCAAAGAAAAGAGAAGCAGAGGAAGUUUAUCGGAAUUCUAUGCCAGCUUCUAGCUUCCAACAGCAGAAACUUCGAGUCUGUGAAGUCUGCUCUGCCUAUUUAGGGCUUCAUGAUAAUGACAGACGACUGGCUGAUCAUUUUGGGGGUAAACUGCACCUGGGAUUUAUUGAAAUAAGAGAGAAGCUUGAAGAACUAAAGAGAGUUGUAGCUGAGAAGCAGGAAAAAAGAAACCAGGAACGCCUGAAGAGAAGAGAAGAAAGGGAGAGAGAAGAACGAGAGAAGCUGAGGAGGCCCUGAUCACAUAGCAAGAAUCCCAAAAGAUCCAGGUCCAGAGAACAUCGCAGGCACCGGUCUCGCUCCAUGUCACGAGAACGCAAGAGGAGGACUCGAUCCAAGUCUCGGGAGAAACGUCAUCGCCACAGGUCCCGCUCUAGCAGCCGCAGCCGCAGCCGCAGCCACCAGAGAAGCCGACAUAGUUCUAGAGAUAGAAGCAGAGAGCGAUCCAAGAGGAGAUCCUCAAAAGAAAGAUUCAGAGACCAAGACUUAGCAUCACGUGACAGAGACAGGAGUUCAAGAGACAGAUCGCCACGUGAGCGAGAUGGAAAAGCUAAGAAGCGGUCCUAUGAGAGUGCUAAUGGCAGAGCAGAAGACAGGCGGAGCUCGGAAGAGCGGGAAGCAGGGGAGAUCUAAUUAGUGUGUACAUAGCUUCAAUCCUUAAGCUUCCUGUGGAGUUACAUAUACUAUUGUUUAGUUUACAGCUGUUCAGGGUGACAGUGAGCAAGCAGUUCUAGACACUGAUCCAGCCAGGCUAGAUGUACAAUAUCUUAACUUGAUCUGAACUGAAAAUGUUUUCCUGAUGAAGCCUAAAACUACAUCCAUAGUUUCUGGUGAACCUGUAAUACAGUUCUGAAAUACAGUUUUAUAUGAUAAGAUGCUGAUCUCUAUUCUUUCAAGUAGGAGUGAUAGUGAAUGAAUUGUGUUAUUUGCCUUGGGAUCUUUUGACCAUUUGUAAAAUGCUGUCUUCCUUUCUACUCCAAACAGCAACAGCUUUGAGAAUUUUCUUUUUACUUCUUCUCUACCUUUUGUAUCCCCCUAAUACUUGCACCUUCCAACUGUGAAAGAAAGGGAGGGAUAGGGAAGCAAUAUAAUUUCUGUUCUAAGGUUCUAUUCCCAUCAUUAAUUCAUAGUUGAUUAUGAUUCAAGCACUAUACUGGAAUGCGUACUGCCGAAACUUAAAAUACGGGGAUUUUUUUUUGUUUGUUUGAUGGUGCCUAUUUAGAGUUGGAUGUUGAACAGCUGUUGGUAUUACAUACUUUUGCUUUUUUACUGAAAUCUUCAAAUCAGACUUGUCUUGAUUUUUCUGUUCCAUUCAAUUUACUAUGUUUAGGAUGUUCUGAUGGGGGUGGGGGCAGGGACUCUUUCGUAAUAAGCACUUGUUUCAUUUUGUGUGUGUGGAGUAUAAAAGCUACACGCGUAUUGUAAAAAUAAUAA